GUGUAAACACAAAGCCACAAGGUCAUCUACUGAAACAAGGGAGAAGAGACUAGCCUGUGAGCGAUAACAGAGCUAGAGAUGCGCUGGUUAUGCGUAACUUUGUAAAUCUGUUAAAAAGAGUAGGCCUAUUACCUUUGUACGAAGAUCAAAACAGACAAGGUGAGAAGCUCACCUGGACCAUCAUGUUGCGUGUAUUUGGUGUGAUUGGAGUAGUGGUCCUUCUCCUGGUGCUGGUUGGAUCCUGGUGUUGGGAAGCAGCUGUGGAAUUCUACACUAAGCCAGUAGUAUUUGAAGGUGUUCACCAUCCUAAUGAUCAGGAAGCCCCAUAUCCUGGAGGAACAAUGGACAACUUAUGGUGGUUUGUGCAUAUAUCUGACGUACAUAUAUCAAGGUUUAAAGAUCCGUCUAGGACUGAACAGUUUAAAGUAUUUUGUGAUGAAGAUAUCAAUGCAAUAAAUCCUCCUUUAGUUAUCGUUACAGGUGAUUUAACAGAUGCUAAAAGACCAGACCACAUUGGAUCAGAGCAGUAUGAAAUAGAGUGGCAGACAUAUUGGAGUAUUCUGAAGCUAGCAAAUAUACCACAGAGAACACAUUGGGUUGAUAUACGAGGGAAUCAUGAUACAUUUCAUGUCUUGUCCAAGAAUCAUGAGAAUAGCUAUUUUAAAAAAUAUUCCAUCUCUGGUCAAAAGGGAGACACAGAUUCCUUCCUGGUUGAGAAAAAAUUUCCAUUUGGAACGUAUUCAUUCAUUGCCUUGGAUGCUCUGCUAGAUCCAGGCCCAGGAAGGCCUUUUAAUUUCUUUGGAGUUAUGGAAGAGCCAGAAUUGAAACGUGUAGAAGAACUGUCACAGAAAACAUUGAAGAGCAACCAGACCAUUUACUUUGGGCAUUAUCCAACUUCCAUUAUCAUAACCGAUCAUGCACGUCUUACAAAUGUUUUACAAAAUGGUAUUGCAUACUUGUGUGGGCAUUUGCACAGCCUUAUGGGUAACCUUCGUCAAAUGAAAGCCUUGCAACGGACGGGGUCGUUGGAACUUGAGGUUGAAGAUUGGAAGGACAACCGGAAAUAUCGCGUUGUAGCCUUUGAUCAUGAUAUGCUGUCAUUUGGGGAGAAGCGUUUUGAGGAAUGGCCUCUCAUUGUAAUCACCAACCCAAAGAGUGCUCGUUUUAUGGCUCCCAAACACGAACCUGUGGGCAAAAUGCAGCAUUCAACGCAUAUACGUGUGCUUGUCUUUUCACCUGAUGCAAUUGCCUCAGUGUCUGUGUUUCUUAAUGAUCAGCACAUCGGAGAAGCACAACAUGUAGAGGGCCCACUCUAUGUAUUACCAUGGAAACCGAACCAAUAUGCAAAUGGUCUACAUCAAAUGAAAGUUAUAGCUAAGGAUGCUGCAGAUCAUAUAUCAGAGUCUAUUCAAGAGUUUUCUCUUGAUGGCAGCAGACCCUUGCAGUGGUUAGGAGGAGCAAUCGUCCUUAUGACAGAUGUACCAGCAUUGUUUCUAUCACUAUACGCUAUUGAAAUCGUUCUACUAGUUGUUCCACUUGUUGUGUUGCGCAGAAAUUCUAGACCAAUUCCAAGCUAUCACCAUGAUCCAGUGUCAAGAGCCUUUAUAUAUCUAGUUCACCAUGAUUUCUUCUUCUAUUCACUGAUUUUAAUUGGAAUUUUUCCAGUAUUUGGACCGUGGAUAUUUGGUCGACUGGUACAAGAGAGAAUCGGCAUUUCCCUAUUGUAUGGCAUUUAUGUCGAGGGUAAAUGGAUUCCGGAAAAAUUUUCAUAUGCUAUUGCAUUUAUGGAUAUGUUAUUUAUUCAAUUACCAAUUACAAUAUUUCUUGCCGCUUGCAUUUCUCAUCAUAAGAACAAAACAAUUCAACGAGUUCGAUUCAAAUCAGGACCAAUUGUCAACUUCGUUAAAUCUAUUUUUAAACUCAUUGGCUGGUUAAUAUGUUACGCCAUUUUAAUUCCCGCGGUAGGAUGGCAGUGGUACGAGUGCGUAUGCAUACGACGUUGUUAUGGAGAUCUAGGUUUAUUCCUAUCGCCUGUAUUUCUUUGGCGGUAUUUCUUAUUUUUUCUUCUGAUUUUUAGAGCACACUUUUUUGGAGUAAAACCUUUAGUGAAUGCUAGCAAUGGUAAAUCAUAAUUCGAUGUCACAGGGGUUUGUAGUAUUUUGAUAAAUACUAAAGUUUUAUUAUUUAAGAAUCUGUCUGUGUCAAACUAAUCAACUCCAAAAUAUUUUGAUUGCUUGCUUUUAUUCAAGUAAGUUAUAUAUUUAAAAGUAGAAUAAAAUAAUAUAUUCCUACUAAUUAAUACCGUUAUUAGGAGUGAUGUUAUUCCCUACCUGAUGUAUUAUUGACAUCAUCAAAAGACCGUUACACUACCCACAGCUUCUUAGGUAAAGGGUAGGAGAAUAACCCAUAACUUGCAGCGUCAUUGUGCUAAAUUGCGUAUGGUGAUUGAAAUUCAACAUUAGGCCACUAAGCGCAAUCUUAGUGGUGUCGGGGUUUUUAGGAUAGGAAGGCAGGCUAGUAAUCUGUAGGUAAAGGGCUCGAAUCCCAUCUGAAUCACUUGCAAGAUUUUUUUUUGCAUGCAUUUAAGAAUGUACUGAGUAUUCAGUAUGGUAACACGUCAGGUAGUGCAAAACAUCACUCCUAUUAAAUUUCCUGAUGCAAAACAACAUCGAAAUACUGUUAUUAUUUGCAUAGAUCCUUAAAAUGGCUGGUAAUAAAUUUAAGGAAUUUUUAAGUAAAAGUCUGUAAAUUAUUGAAAAAUAGAUUCUUUUGAGCCCUGGUUUUAUUGAAAGUUAAUAACGUAUUCAUAGGCAGAUUCAGGGUGGGGGUAGUUGACCCAGCUUUCACCCCUUUCCCCCCCCCCCCCCAAUUUUUUGAAGUAAACAAAAUGGAGGAAAAAGAAAAUUUCAUUAGAUUUUUAGUCUGAGAGUUACAUUUAGAAGUAGAAAUACAUUUUUGUACCUUGGCCCCAACCAUGGUUUAGCUGAUGUGGGCCCACCCUCCCUCUCUAAUUUCAUAAUUUUAAAUAGAGCUAUUCAAUAUCUGAUUUAUUAUUUUGGGGUUAGAGAUAUUGCCACAGAGAUUAAAUUUUUAAUACCUGUUUUCAAGGUGAAAUAUGGUUUAUAAGUUUGGUAUAAAAUUUGUUUUUUUUAAUGUAAAUCUUCAGUUCAUGUGUGCAAACCUACAUUAGCUGCUUCACUGUAUUCGCUUUCAAAUAUUUCCAAAUAUAAAGUAAUCAUUGUGAAGGGUGUGUACCCAUUUAAUUUAAUAUGAACUACCGUACUAUUUCAGGUGAUAAUGAUAUACAAAUUAAAGUUUUAUGUGUAACAAAUCAAAUUCAUCAUUUGUGAAUGAUUUUAUAUUAUAAAUAUUUGUAUAUUAGGAUUAUGAAUAUAUUAUUUCCAAAAUGUAAUUAAUGCAAUAAAUAAAAAUAAUUCUUGGGCUGUAGAUUAGUAACUGAGAAUGUUGUGUUGGUCCCUAGGUCAGCCACAGUGCCCCUUUGUGGUAAACGUGACAAUUAAAUCCCUCUCUCUGAAUAUUGUAUGUAUUCUUAAACUUGCACAUGGGACAUAAUCUUUUUUAUAUUGUUUGAAAGUUUACAUGGUGAAUAAACAAUUAGUAUGUGCCAUGCUUUACAAAGGGCCAACAGCUUUAAAAGAGAACUAGCAAAAUGAUUUUUUGUUCUAGAGGAGAUUUUUGAUAUGCCAUUAUAUGUAUAUAAUAUAUGUGCAUGCUGUAACCAUGGUUGUUGUAACUUGCAUAUAGGCCUAUAACUGCAUCAGCGGUUGUCAACAGAAGAGUUACAGCUAUGGUUACAGCAUGCACGCAAAGAUCGUACGCGGCGGAUACCCUACGUGGUUUUAUUUACACGAUCUUUUGUUACUUAUUUCGCCAGUGACGUCACGAUUAAAUUGUAUAUAAUGACCUAUAACUCCAUAAGAAAUUGCCAAAAAACGAUUUUAAGGUUGAUUAUAUUAUAAAUGGCAUAUCAAAAUUCCCCUCUAGAACAAAAAAUCAUUUUGCUAGUUCUCUUUUAAAUGUCUUGUUCCUAACAAUGGUGCACUAGAACUCGGUUUUUGCUUACAGGAAGAGCAGCGCGACAGAAUAGUACCAAAAACUCAAACCUCUGCAUGGUCUAAUACACAUGAGGUUACAUUCUACUGUAUAUGCUGCUCUCUCUGAAAUUAUAUAAUAUCGUACAUACAUUAUUGGUGUAUAUUGAUAUAGCACUGUUACAUUUUCAUCAUAGCAAUUAAGUAACAAAUAAUUAGCCUUUGACCUUGCAUUAUAAAUCAGGUAAAUGACUUAUAAUUCAAACCAGGGACACCUCUAGAUGUUUUAAUGAAUAUUUAUAAGUAUAUUGAUUGGUAUUCAUAAAUAUGUAUUUAUGCACAUAAAAUGUAUUAUUAAUGUCAUGAUAUUUUAAAAAGUACAAUCUAUUGUGAAACAGUACUUAACUCAGAAGAGUUUGACCUCCAAGAGGUGUCAACAUCAACUGAAUGGGUAAUUCUGUUACAAUUUCUAAUAGAAACCCACUGCCGAUGCUUUAAUAAUAACUCAUCUUAAAAUGUAUUCUAUAAUAAUGACACACUACUCUAAUAGUAACCCAGUGGUAUUACUAUUGGAAUGCCAAAACUGUGUCUUGAAAUGGCUUGAUGAUGUGGGAGGGUGCGAAGUUAGAAAGGGGAGGGGCUCGAUGAUUAAAUGUGAGGCACUAGCUUGCAAAAUCAGGUGAUUUUUAACUACUUGAACAUGAUUUUUUUUUUUCGAACAUUUCCAAAGGUGUGUCUGUGGGGAUGGGGGAAUCAGGUGAUUUUUAACAACUUGGAACAUAUUUUUUUUUUCGAACAUUUCCAAUGGUGUAUGUGUGUGGGUGGGGGGGGGGCUCCAAUAAUGCUACCAUGCCUACAUGUAUACCUGGUGUUAUCCCUACUGAAUAUGAUUUGUUUUGAAUAUAAUAAAGAAAAAAAAUCAACAAUCUAACUUGCAAGUUACACCCAAGAAACAUUGGUGGGAUAUUACAUUUGAAUGCCCAAUGCAUGGUUAAUAAUUUUGAACCAAAUACAGUACUUUAUUAGUAACCCAUACUUUAAAUGAAUAAUAGAAUAGUGACCAGGUUUCUAUCACAAUUUUUAUGGUUAUAAACUUUUUGAAGUCACCCAAGAGGUCAGUUGAUAGUCAUUUUUGUUGGAGGUUGAAAGGUUCCGAGAAAGUACUGCACUUCAUUCCAUAUUUGCUUCUACAAUUAAAUACAAUUCAAUUCAUUUUGUCUUUCUUAAAAAACAACAGUAAUCAAAGCUAAAUGACAUUCAUGGUGUAUCAAGUAUUAUUAAUAAUUUAUUGGGCAUUAAACAGUCUGUGAGCUGCAUGAUUUGAUAAAGAAUUAGUUAUGAUAUUAAUUAAAUUAAUUUGUAUGAAAAAUGAAAAAAUUGCAUUUAUAUAAGUUUUGUUAAUAAGGUUUAUUACUAUGAGCUUGAGGGUUUGAUAAAGAAUUGACGAUGUUAUUGAUUUAAAUUUUCAUAUAUGCAAGUUUUGUUAUUAAGGUUUAUUAUUUUAAAAACCAUCUUAAAAGGCAAUACAAAGUUGUAAUAUUAGUUAGCUUGUUUUAGGAUCAAAUGAUCAAUUAUAAAAAUUAGUUUAGUGGUUGAAAUCAUCAAGUUUAUCCUGACCGAUAUUAACUUUGUUUAGGAAUCUAGUAAAGAAAUUUGUCCCCUGUUAUAACUGGAACUUUAUCAAUGUUAUUUUUAAAAUCAUGGAGUUAAAUCAUAUUUAACUAUAUCUGUAAAGAAAUUUGUCCCUGUUAUAACUGGAACUUUAUCAAUAUUAUUUCUAACAUCGUGGAGUUCAACUAUGUCUGAAAUUGUGGCCCUUGUCUGUUGUUUCCCCACGCCCUCUUUUAUGUUUGGUUUAGGGUUAAUACAUGACCACUUUUAUGUCCAUGAUCACCAGGGAAGAAAAGCACAUUUCAACAUAAUUUUAAAAAGGAACUACGCAAGCCAUGGUGAUUUAUAUGAUUUUAAGUAUUAAUAGGACAAAUCAUCAUUCACUUUUAUUACAAAUUCCAAAAACAAGGAAUAAUUUAUACAAAUACCAAUAUUGAUAUUGUAUUGUACUCACAAAAAAUAUUCCAAUAAAGACUGCCUCUGGUACGGGCCUGCUCUAGUAGUGUUUUUUUAGAAAUGAGGGGAAGAUUAAGUGAGGGGUACCAGCUUGCAAAAUAAGGUGAUUUUUAACUAGAGUGUAAUUUUUUUGCUUUGAUCAUUUCUAGUGGGGACGGUACAAGUAUUUUUUCUAGAUACGCCCUGCUUAUGCAUGUCUGUGCCUUGCAUUAAUCUUCCAACAUCUGUGCACACCUCAUUGGUUGUUAUCUCUGCUAUUGACAUAAAUUCAGUAUGCAAUAAAAUUUACCAGCUAA